AUGCCUGUCCCGAACCUGGGGGUCAGUCAGCCCGUAGAUGAUGGCGAGCGUUUCGAUGUCGACGAUUUCUACGUCGGACCUGCAAGCAUUGACAGUGACUCCUCAAUCGAAGACGAUGUGCCUGAGACUUCAGACUCGGAGAAGCAUUCAAGAGAACCCCAGCCAAGAUUGACACACUUCUGGACAAACUCCAAAGGCUUACAAAUGGAUGAUCGAUACGAGAUGAAAGAUCAUCAACGAUCAGACGCGAAUAUCACCGACUAUGUAGCCCUUGGCGCUAUCAGAUUGAUUCGGCUCGUCCAACAUGUUGACAACAGCGGAUGGGUCAUGCUCGGUCCUCGACGUGAGACGAUGUACCCAAAUCCGCUGAUCUCACUUGGUGAGAAGCGGCACUGGCUGAGAAUCCAGCUAUACUGUCACACUAAUGACACACGGCGCGCUUGUCUAAGAGUCUACGCCCUUCCAGAAGAUGUUAAGCGAGGCAGUCGCGGAUCAAUAAAGGACCUUAGAAAGGUGCUGAAAUUGGUUACCGAGUUCGUCGAUACUUCCACCGAAGCCUGGGAGGGCACUUACGAUCCAGAUACUCCGAUUCGCACCUACGCAGAACCACCUACAUCUCAAGAAGAAUCUCUCUUCUAUAUUUUCAACACUCUCUCAUCGCCACAACCAUCGAUGGAUGGUGCCGGAACAUGUCAUUUCAGCCACCAGUCCAUGGUAGCGAUCUUCGAAGACGCCAUUGAUGGUCUCAAGACACCUCUGUACCCAUAUCAGAAACGUUCGGUGGCGACGAUGCUGCAGAAAGAGGCCAAUCCUGCCAAGCUGCUCGAUCCCAGGAAACUUCGGUUCCACGACAUCCACGGCAAAGAUUUCUACUUUGAUGCCCUUGAAGGCAGUCUUUGCCUCAGGCCGCAUCUGUACAGCGAAUCUUGUGGCGGGAUCCUGGCAGAAACUAUGGGAUACGGGAAGACACUGAUAUGUAUCGCACUCAUCUUGGCAACUCGAGGGCACUACCCCAAACUUCCUGAGGGCCGGAUCGAUACUCUGGCCAAAACGACAAGCCAGCGAACCCCAAGUCUGCUUGAGUUGACCGCGAAGAAACUCAAACAUGCAGGUGUACCCUGGAAAUCACACUUUGCUUCACUUCAACGUGAAGGCUAUCAUGUUCCCCAUUUGACUGAGGCGAUCGAGAGAUUUGACGCUGAGUUUGCGGAGCCAAUCUUCCAUCCCAUAACGCCGAGUCGGAAACUCAAAACACGAGAAGAUUUCAGAGUCCUCCGCUUGUGCUAUGCUACCCUGCUUAUUGUGCCUCCCAACCUCCUGGUGCAAUGGCAACAUGAGAUUGAGAAGCAUACCGAGGAACGUUGUCUCGAUAUCCUUGUGCUGGAUUCGACUACAAAGGACAUACCAAGCUACAAAACUCUUAUGAAAUAUGACGUUGUCUUGAUCACCAAGGCUCGAUUCGAUCAGGAAUAUCGGGACGAUGAUCUCCAUCAAGGCAAACGCAUGCGCGGCCAAGAAAAGUUCCGUUCCCCUUUAACGGAGGUUCGAUGGCUGCGAGUAAUCUGCGAUGAAGGUCACGGGUUUGCGGGUUCCAGUUACAAAACUCACGCAAUGGCAAUGCUGGACAAGAUGUCAGUUGAAAGACGAUGGGUCGUCUCCGGUACACCUUCACAAUCGCUUCAUGGUGUUGAGGUGAAUCUUGCCCUUGAUGAACAUAUCCCUGAUGGAGGAUGGUCACGAAGAGAAUCGAUACAGACGGCCUUGAAACAGAGAAAGACGAAAGACCCGGAUUUGGAAGAGAUCAAAGACCUGGAGCGACUUCGUGUCAUGGUGGUCAAAUUUCUCAAACUGCAACCAUGGGCCAACCAGAAAGGUGACGACUACGCCGACUGGAAGAAAUAUCUCUCACCCUUGGACGGUGCUGGCACAAGACGCUUUGCACCCGCCUUGCGAGGAGUGCUUCAAUCUCUCAUCAUACGCCAUCGCAUCGAAGAUAUCGAUAUGGACCUGUGUCUCCCACCCCUACAUAAUCGUACUGUAUUCUUGGAUCCAAGUUAUUACGAUAAGAUAAGCAUGAAUCUGUUUCGAAUGUCGCUGAGCGCGAACGCGGUGACCUCGGAACGCGUAGACGAAGAUUACAUGUUUCAUCCCAGGAAUCGGAAAUCCCUUGACGACUUGGUCAGCAAUCUACGCCAUGCAAGUUUCCACUGGGUGGGAUGGACUCAUCAUGAAGUUACGGAGACUCUGCGAGUCAGCAACACCUAUCUAGACAACAACAUCGAUAACAUUUCUGAUGACGAUGGCCGCCUAUUGACUGAGGCUAUCAUGAAUGGUGACCGUGCUCUGAAAGACCCAGGCUGGUGCGCAUUGUCCUUCUUCCAUGAGAUGGGAGUGUAUGUCAAAGGGUUUCCAGACCAUGCAGCACCGGCCUGGGCUCUGUCUGGCAAAACAACCACGCCUCUUCUUCUUGGGACAGUGCAAGCACGCGAAGCACAACAAUACGUCUUGAAGAACCUUGAGUCACCAGAUCCUGCGGACGGCUUGACAGGCGCCGGUUUACGAGCGAUGCUCGCUUCGCGUGACCGUGCCACCCAGGAAGAGCAAGCAAGGCAGAAGGCUGCAGCUACUUCCAACGGCAAAUCACUCACAGCUGGUGCAAAUGAGCAACCAAAGGUCAAGAAUCAAUCAACCUUCUCGUCAACUUCACCAAUGGCUCCACUCCGUUCCUCCAGCAAAGGCGCUGCGCCCGAAUUCUUGACUUCCGCCAACAAACGACCCCGAUCAACGUCGUUCACUGCAAUCCCAGCGCAUCUCACAGAAGCCACAAUCAUUGGCUUCAUUUCUGCGAAGCUGAACUAUCUCUGCUCGAGGAUAUUGUCAUUGCAAGAAACCGAGAAGAUCAUCAUCUUUUACGACUCGAACAACAUUGCCUUCUGGAUUGCUGAAGCGCUGGAGCUGCUUUCAGUCAAAUUCCUCAUCUACGCCAACACUCUCUCCGUCGGUAGACGGGCGGCCUAUCUUGCCACAUUCAACCAGUCCGAAGCCUUCCGUGUUUUGCUGAUGGAUCUGAAACAGGCUUCGCAUGGUCUCCACGUGGCAUCAGCGAGUCGCGUCUUCAUUGUGUCGCCAAUCUGGCAACCAAGCAUUGAGUCGCAAGCCAUCAAGCGAGCUCAUCGUAUUGGUCAAACCAAGCCUGUCUAUGUCGAGACGCUGGUUUUGAAAGGGACCUUGGAACAGAAGAUCCUUAAGCGAAGGCGGCAGAUGAGUAAUGCCGAAUUAGUCAAGGCAGAGAAAAGUCUUCUAGACGAUGGUACAAUGAACGGCAUCAUACGUGCAGAAGGAUUCUUGAAUAUCGCAGAUGGAGAGGACAAGCAGCUCAUCGGCGGCAAGCUGGAUUCGCCCAUACCCUUGUUUGUUAGGAGCCAUCUCCGAGAUGCGCAAACUCAAGCUGACGACGAUUUGAUCCUCGCAUUGGAGCCCGAGCAAUUUGCCAAGAAGGUAAAGAAGGGGAAGCAAAAGGCCAUGACGGUGGCUCUCAGUGCCCGCGAGAACGUUGCAACCUUACGUGCUGCCUCACCAACGACUCCAACAGUUGGUGGGCAUCAGUCCAUAUUCGGUGGUGGCAGCGAUAAUCCAAACGAUAGACCGCAGAAGAGCGUCAGGAUUUCGGUUGAGAUUCCGGGAAGCGCUUGA